AUGAGCACAUUCAGCACGCAAGGCGCCAUUGUGCUGGGCAUAAUCGUGGUCAGCUUUCCGACCGUCGCCCGCAUAUUUCUCUCGCCAUAUAUGCUUUUGCUGCUAUCCCCGCUCAUUCUGGUGUUCAUCGCUGUUGCAAGUGUCGGGUUGCACGUGUGCAUUGGACAUUGGCUGGACUCGUGGCAGAAGAAUGGGAGGACUUCCCUAAGUAGUGCCGCGAGACCUUACGCCUUCUCGACUCCCGCAGCUUGGCAGGCCGUUCUGACUCGUUCACAAUGGUCUCAAAGCGCCCCCCAAACAUUCCCCCCUCUCUACCCGGAAUCUAAGAUGAUCUCUUCAACUCUGAACGACAUUCUCAUCCUCAUAGUUCGCGAUUUCGUUCUAACUUGGUACAAAGACAUAUCAUCAUCGCCGUCAUUUCCUACCGCAGUGUCCUCUGUGCUGCACAGCUCGCUUUCGAAACUCCUCGACCGCGCUGAGAGCGUCGACCUAGCUGCUCUCUUAGUUAACCGAAUCCUACCGAAGAUAACGGCCCACAUAGAGCAAUUUCGGCAGUCUGAGAUGGCACUCCGCGGAGCCGGGUUAGAACGCCGCUUAACUCAGUCCGAGGAACUCGAUAUUCUGUUAGCUAGUCGUUAUGCCACAAAGGGUGGGGAGAAGCUACAUCCAGCAAUUGACAAUCUAUCGACCACGUUCACUAAACAAACAGAGGAGGCGCAUCUUCGUCAAAUCAUUGAUAAAGUAUUGCCCUAUAUGUUGCCAGAGACUGAAGCUAAGAGCCAAGCCCUGAAAAUUGUCGCUCGGGAGAUAGCUUCUUGCUCCGUUUUAUACCCAAUCAUGGAUAUGGUUGCCGAUCCAGAUUUCUGGAACCGUAUGAUCGACGACAUUGCGGGUGCGGCUAUACACCAGCAAAAAUUGAUUACGAAGGUUCGAAAUGUCCUGGAAGCUCAGGCACCUCAGCCGCAUAAUCGCAUGUCUACCCCGCCUGUGGCAGCGACGACGGAAACUAUUACUAUACGAACGGAUGUCAGACAAUUUGAGUCCUUCCUGAGGAGCUUAAAUAGGUGUUCAUCUUUGCUGGAUGCAAGGCGUUUGAAGAAUGAUAUUAUGGGCGAGAUCAGGAGGACGCGGAUGUUGCUUGGCAAUCACGAGAAGGAGGAUUGGAUCAAUGGCGAGAAGACUGAAGACGUGGUAGCUUUCCUCGACAGGCUGUACACUGCUAAACGUACAGUAGAAGAAAGAAUUGUCAUGCUCGGAGGAGAGGAUGAAUUGCGGAAGUCGACCACCUUGGACUCUGGCAUCAGGUCGGGGUUAACCCUUCGCGACAUUCUGGCCAACCCAAGUUUAAUUUCCUAUUUCAUGGAGUUUAUGGACCGCCGAAAUCGGUCUCUCCUCGUGCAAUUUUGGCUAACGGUAGAAUCAUUCAAGAACCCGCUCGAAUCUGUUGACUCGGGAUCUUCUGGGGACGAGGAGGAGACGAUUCAGGAUCCAUCGAAUUUUACCACCAUGAACGAGGAUAUCUCCAUGAUAAACGACCUUUACUUCUCUUCUACUACACCGCACCCAGCACUCUCUUCGAUUUCUGCUAAGUACGUGAACAGAAUCCAAGAAUUUGCCCGCUCCGAAGUCACGCCUUCCCUCUCAUCCCAAAGGAAGGUCAGGCGAAGUGUUAUGCGUGCGCAAAGCCAAGUCGAGAAAGCCAUGGAACACGAUUUCGAGGAGUUCCAGCGCUCCGAGCUCUGGUUCCGUGUGGCUGGUGACAUGGAGGUAGGAAGCAAAAAACAGUCGGCUGCUCCAUCAUUGGUAGAAGGUCCGACCUCGGUGUCCUCCCCUGCUCUCGUUGGCUCUAGCUUGCCUUUCCACUUCAGCUGGGGGAAUCACUCCACACAGUCUUUGCCUCCUCGCCCCGAGGCUGCCCCAAUGCUAAGGGCAACAUCUUCAGGAUCUCAAGUCUCUGCUGAUUUAUCUCGCCGAAUCCCUCCCCCGGACAUGGAACUGCUCAUGUCCUCUGUCCCCGAUCUUUCAGGCUCCUCCCGAGCGCCAUUGUUUGACGAUCCCGAUGCAGAAGACCAAAAGGUUGAUAAAUCACAAUCGAAUCGAAUGGACGCGAUACAAGCUGCACUCACGGAUAUCAUUGCGACGGACAAAGAAGAGACCCAGAAGUCGAGCAAAUUGACUACUCCCUCCCUAUCGGCGCGCCCCCGGCCUAGUCGUAAUGCUGCCUCGCCGAGCGAACCACAACGCACCACGAAGCCAGUGGAGACACAGAGGCCGGUAUUUGAGGACGACUACGAUGACGACAUCGACGAUGAUGGGGGUGACAGCGAAGAUAAGAUCGAAGAUGCUACCGACCCUUCCUCAUCCUUCCAUUCCGCCGGGCCUGGGGAUCUCCAGUUGUCCUACGAGAUUGGUCGGCUCGGAAGCAAAAUCGCAAGCCUACAAUCUCAGGAUGCGAUGUUGGAUAAACUGAUCAAGAAAGCGGAACUUACGGGCGAUGCACAAGAGCUGCGCCUUCUCAAGAAAUCGAAGACGGCUAUGGGCCGAGAAAUCCGGCAGUUUGAAUUUCAGAAGAAGCAAUACGAGCAGCAGGAAUCUGCGAACCGUCUCCUGUCCGACAAGACACGAGUGUCUCUUGUGAACUCUACGGUCGGGGAGGAGGAUGGUAAAUCAGUUGUCCGCUACCUGAUUGAAGUCCAGCAGUUGGGCCCAAAUGGAAGUUUUGCUUCUGGCUGGGUAGUUGCUCGUAGGUAUAACGAGUUCCUGAACACGCAUAUCAAGCUACGGGAGAAAUAUGCGCUUGUCAGAAACCUUGAUUUCCCAGGGAAGCGUCUCGUGCAUGCGCUCUCGGGGAGCUUUGUGGACAACCGAAGAGCAGCCCUAGAGAAAUAUCUUCAGAAUUUGAUUUCGAUCCCUGCAGUUUGCGAAAGCGAUGAAUUGCGCGCAUUCCUUUCCCGAGACUCGCCCUUCAUGGCCACUGAGCAUCGCUCAUCCUCGAAGAUCAGUCCUACAUUCCCCGGUACCGAUUUAGUCCGCACGGUCUAUCGCUCAGUAGCAGAAAGCAUCGACGAUAUGUUCUUUGGCCCUUCCAUGCUUGAUGUCAUGAUCCAACGUUUGACUCGCCAGGCUGCUGAGUUUGCAGGUGUUGUUGGCGCCGCUGUCAACGACGAAGAAAUUGUCGCACAGGCUCUUGAUGCAUCUGGCAGGACGGCGUCAGAGGCUGCAUUGCUCCACCUAUCCGGAGACCUGAAACCUUUGGAAGGAGAAACGAGCACGUCAUCGUUCUCUUCCCCAAUUUGUGACCUUUUGCUGGCCGUUUUUGAGCUGAAGAAGAAGAAUAACUGGCUGAGACGGCAAGCUAUCGUCAUCAUUCUACAACAAGUCCUUGGAGGUACUAUUGAACGCAAAAUCCGGGAAAUCCUCAAGGCUCAACUGGAUGAAUCGCGAUUAAUGUCUUAUUUGACACUAUUCCGCGAUCAACUCUGGCCUGGUGGCCAACUCAAGCCACCCGGCAAGCCGCGUUCGACAGAAGAGAAAUUGCGUACCAGAGAUGAAGCUAACCGUAAAUUGUCCUCGCUAAUACCUGACCUGGCCGCCAACAUGAUUGGGCGCUCUAAUGCACGAAGAGGUGCACGACGAAUCUUCGCAGUGUUGCAAAAUCGCCGACUCAACCAGCAUAUAGCAUACACUGUCGUGGACGAGGUAUGA